AUGCAUGCGAUCCUCUCACUCGGGGCAACCCACUACGACCUUACAAUACCCAGCAACUCUCGCUACAAAGCCAUGGCCAUUUCCCACCGAGGGAAGGCCCUGAAGCAUCUAUCACUUGCUCUCGAAGAUAUUGAUAACUGCUCGGCGACUUCCCUGGACGGUGUCUUAGCCACAUGCUAUGCUUUAGUUUUCCAGGCCUAUUACAUGAAUGACGGAGUAAUGGAUUUCGCAGUCAUGACCUCAGAGCAAGUGAUGCAAAUGGUAGAGCCAUGGCUCCCAAAGACCGCGCAUCCGAAUCAAGAUGACGUGAAUCUUUGCAUCAGGGAUAUCGAACAGCUUCGUCCGUUCAUACAAGACGAAAGCGCUUUGAGCUUCUUCCAAUCCCUCAUUAAUACCUACUUUGCUCUCCAACAUUCAGUCCACGCUGCCUUCAUCUGCCUCAGUGGUGUUUACGGAAUCUGGAAUUCGAUGGAAAAUCAAAAUUUCAUGAAUCUCAUCUCGAGCACGAAUAUUGUUUGCCGGGCACUUUUCUUGCAUUACUUCGCAAUAGACACGCUGAUGCGACCAUUCCUACUUCAUGUUCGAGGCCGAAAACACCCGAGCAUCUCCUUUGGUGGCAUUGUUAUGGGACAGUGGGCAGAUGCAGCGUAUUGUGGGCUACCCGCCAGCAUCCAAAAUCUGGUGAAGCACGAGGUUGAACUAGUGCGCCGUGAGAAGGCAAAAAUAUCUCUCAUAUAA